GCUGUCUUGGUGCUGCUGCUGCUCCUGGAGCCAGGAAUGUUCUCCUCUCCGCCACCCUCAGGGCUGCUGGAGAAGCUCUUCCAGCACAUCGACCUCCACCAGGAUGAGUUCGUGCAGACCCUGAAGGAAUGGGUGGCCAUUGAGAGUGUUUCUGUGCAGCCCAUGCCUCGUCUCAGACAGGAGAUCUUCAGGAUGACGGCCUUGGCGGCAGACAAACUCCAGCACCUGGGAGCUAGGGUGGAUUCUGUGGACUUGGGUUCUCAACAGAUGCCUGAUGGUCAGAGUCUUCCCAUACCUCCAAUCAUAUUGGCUGAGCUGGGAAAUGAUCCCAAGAAGCCCACAGUAUGCUUCUAUGGGCACCUGGAUGUGCAGCCAGCUCAGAAGGAUGAUGGGUGGCUCACAGACCCCUACAUGCUCACAGAGGUGGAUGGAAAACUCUGUGGGCGGGGUGCAACGGACAACAAGGGCCCUGUCUUGGCCUGGAUUAACGCCGUGAGCGCCUUCAGAGCUCUGGAGCAGGAUCUUCCUGUGAACAUCAAGUUCAUCCUGGAGGGGAUGGAAGAGGCUGGUUCUGUUGCUCUGGAGGAACUGGUCCAAAGAGAAAAGGACCGCUUCUUCUCCAGUGUGGACUACAUUGUGAUUUCAGACAACCUGUGGAUGAGCCAGAGGAAGCCAGCGCUCACUUACGGAACCCGGGGGAACUGCUACUUCACGGUGGAGGUAAAGUGCAGAGAUCAAGAUUUUCAUUCUGGGACCUUUGGUGGCAUUCUCAACGAACCAAUGGCUGACUUGGUUGCUCUUCUAGGUAGCCUGGUGGAUUCAUCGGGCCACAUCCUGAUUCCGGGAAUCUAUGAUCAAAUGGCUCCUCUUGCAGAGGAGGAAAAAACACUGUAUGAAAACAUUGAUCUGGACCUAGAAGAAUACCGGAAGAGCAGCCAAGUGGAGAAAUUUCUGUUUGACACUAAGGAGGAGCUCCUGAUACACCUAUGGAGGUAUCCGUCUCUCUCUAUCCACGGCAUCGAGGGAGCGUUUGAUGAGCCUGGGAUAAAAACAGUCAUCCCCGGUCGAGUCAUCGGGAAAUUUUCAAUCCGCCUAGUCCCUCACAUGAAUCUGUCUGUGGUGGAGAACCAGGUAACAAGUCAUCUCGAAGCUGUGUUCUCCGAAAGAAACAGUUCCAACAAGAUGACUGUUUCUAUGGUAGUAGGACUCCACCCGUGGACUGCAAACAUCAACGAUGCUCAGUACCUCGCAGCAAAAAGAGCCAUCAAAACAGUGUUUGGAGUAGAUCCUGAUAUGAUCCAGGAUGGGUCAACCAUUCCAAUUGCUAAAUUAUUCCAGGCUAUUACACAAAAGAGUGUAAUGAUGCUCCCGUUGGGGGCUGUGGAUGAUGGAGAACACUCUCAGAAUGAGAAGAUCAACAGGUGGAACUACAUACAGGGGUCCAAAUUAUUCGCUGCCUUUUUCCUGGAGUUAUCAAAGCAGCACUCAUGACAACAGGUGCCGUCCAGUGUCUUCUGACCCACUGACAGAUCUCUCCACUCAGACCCUGGGCAAAGCUGGAGCUGGAAAAAUUCAGAUAAUGUCAAUCCAGGAAAGUAUU